AUCUUAUUUGAUAAUGCCCCCUAAAAAAGCAACAAAGAAAAAGACACCAUCACCAUCACCUCCACCUGCAAAAAGGUCAACUAGAUCAAAAAAAGAUGAAAAAGUUGAGGAUAAGAAAAAGUAUUAAAAAACAAUUUAACAUAUUAUAGAGAUGUAGUAACAAAAGCCACAAAAGAUGUAUCUAAGUCAUAAGGGAAGGGAAAGGCAAAAUAAAAGUAAAAGACUCCUUCACCUUCACCUCCACCUCCACCAAAAAAAGCUCCUGUGAAGAAAGAUUCUAAGAAAAGUAACAAGAAAUCACCUUCCCCUUAACCAGUAAAAGCAGUGAAGAAAUCCCCAUCUCCAGCUAAGAAAGAUGAAGAAUAGAAUUUAAAAAAAGUUGUAUUUACAGGUAAAGCUCCUGUAGAUGAAUUUGUUUUAAAUAGAGACAAUUAUAUUGUUUAUGAAGAUGCAGCAAAAGUAUAUGACUGCAUGAUGAAUUAAACUAAUAUAAUAGGUUCAAAUAAUAAUAAUAAAUUCUAUGUUGUGUAAUUACUUAAGAGUAAGAACUCAGGUAUCUUUUUUCAUAAUAAUUAUAGAUACAUAUUUUGUAUUUACUCGAUGGGGAAGAGUUGGUUAAUCUGGACAAUAGGCUCUUUAACCUUGUGGAGGUAAUCUUGAAACAGCAAAAAGUGGAUAUGAAAGUAAAGUCAGAGAAAAGAGUGUGAAAGGAGAUUAUAGAAUACUUGAGAAAGAUUAUAGCUUUGAUGCAGAUCCAAAAAAUGCUGAAAAAUUAGAGAAAUUAAAAGAGUAAAAGGAGAAAGAAUCUUAUGACAAGAGUAAAUUGCAUACAAAGAUAAAAGAAUUAGUGAGAUUAAUUUUUGAUAUGAAGAUGAUUAAUAAUUAGAUGAAAGAGUAAUUUAUAAUAAAUAAUAUUUUUUAUAGGAUAGGUUAUGAUGCGAAAAAGAUGCCAUUAGGUAAACUUGCAGCUUCAACAAUUAAUAAAGGAUUUGAUGUUUUAAAGAAGAUUUCUGAAGAAUUAAAUAAGAAAAGUCCAAAUGUUACAACUUUAUAAACAUUAACAAGUGAAUUUUAUAGUUAAAUUCCUCAUGAUUUUGGAAUGUAGAAAGCACCAUUAAUAAAUACAGCUUAAAUGGUUAAAUAGAAAUUAGAAAUGUUAGAAUCAAUAUAACAUAUUUAAGUGGCAACAAAAAUAUUGGAAGAAUAAAAAGAUGAUGAUACAAAUGUUAUUGAUGAAAACUUUAAGAAACUUGGAAUAAAUAUGUAAUUUUUAGAUCCAUCUGAAGAGAAGGUUAAAAUAAUAAAAGAGUUUGUAAAAAAUACACAUUGUGAUACCCACAAAGGUUAUGAUUUAGAUGUUUUAGAUGUUUUUGAAUUAUAAAAAGAUUAAGAUGAUAAUAGAUUUAAAAAAGAUAUUGGAAAUAGAAUGUUAUUAUGGCAUGGUUCAAGAUUAACAAAUUUUGUUGGUAUUUUAAGUUAAGGUUUGAGAAUAGCACCACCUGAAGCUCCAGUAACAGGUUAUAUGUUUGGAAAGGUAAUAAAAAUUAUAUAAAUUGUUUAUAGGGUGUGUAUUUUGCAGAUAUGGUUUCUAAAUCAGCUAAUUAUUGUGCAGUUUCAAGAGAGAAUAAUACAGGAUUGAUUCUUUUAUGUGAUGUUGCAUUGGGAAAUACAAAUGAGAAAUUCUACUCUGAUUAUUAUGCCAAUAAUUUACCACCUGGUAAACAUAGUACUUGGGGUAAAGGUAAAACUAUGCCACCAAUAUCUUAAAAUAUUCCAUUCCCUGAUAUGCCUGAAGUUUAAGUACCUAUUGGUAAAGGAGCACCUUCUGGAGUUGCUAAUGUAAUUAAAUAUAUUAUAAUUAUUUAGACCUCUUUGCUUUACAAUGAAUUUAUUGUCUAUGAUGUUGCUUAAAUUAGAUUGAAAUAUUUAAUUAAAAUGAAAUGGAAUUUUAAGUGAUCAAUCUAAUUUAUUUAAGUAUAAUUAUA